UAAACUCAGAGCUAUAGGACACCAGGAACUCUCAGUCUGAGUCGGUCAGUUGGUUUCUGAUAGUUGGAGGUUUCUCUGUUUGAACCCCAAUAUGACGGGGCCCCUCCUCCUGCUGCUCACUGUGGGGGUGUCUGGGGUGUAUUGUGGUCACUCUCUCCAGUAUUAUUACACGGCGGUCUCAGAUCCAGGACAUGGGCUGCCUGUAUUUUCUGCUGUUGGAUAUGUGGAUGGGAUACAGAUAGUGAAUUAUAACAGUGACUCCAGACGGACGGUUCCUGUGGCUCAGUGGAUGGAGAAAGAGGGACACGAUUACUGGGAGAGUGAGACACAGAUUGGCAAAGGCACUGAGCCUCUAUACAAAAACUAUAUGAAGAUAUUAAUGCAACGCUUCAACCAGACCGGAGGUUAUCACUCUCUGCAGACCAUGUACGGCUGUGAGCUGAGAGAUGAUGGCAGUAUUGGGGGAUAUGAUCAGUUGGGUUAUGACGGAAUGGAUUUUGUUGCUCUGGAUACCGAGCGCUGGGUUUAUUAUCCGCUCACAGACGGAGCUCAGAGCAUAGCACAGAGCUGGAACAGUCCGGAGCAGAGAUGGGGGGAGAGGAUGAAGAAUUACCAGGAGAAUAUCUGCAUCGCACACCUGACAAGACACAUCCAGUACGGCAAGGAGGAGCUGGACAGGAGAGUUCGCCCAGAGGUGAAGGUUUCCAGUCAGCAAUCAGAUGGGGUCACAGAGCUUCACUGCCAGGUGUACGGGUUUUACCCCCGGGAUGUGGAUGUGAAUUGGAAGAAUAAUGGGAUAGAGAUUCCCACGGAUGAGGCCAAACAGGUUCUUCCCAAUUCUGAUGGUACUUAUCAGAUCAGGGCCACAGUGGAAGUACAACCAGUGGAGGGAGAGAGCUAUGCCUGUCACGUGGAUCACAGCAGCCUGAAAGAGGAACUCGUUGUGAUAUGGGGCAAGUGCCGGUUGUAUCCUCUAUUUUAG